CAUGCGCAGUCCCAGUGUGUACGGAAGUGCUGCAGCACCAUGUGGAGACUGGAGGACUGAACCUUCCACCGGAGAUGUUUAAACACGUUUUUCUGACAGGACCUCCAGGUGUGGGGAAAACCACGCUGGUGCAGAAGACCUGCGAGGCUUUAGUGUCCUCGGGAGUGGGAGUGGAUGGCUUCUACACAGAGGAGGUCAGGGAGGGGGGCAGGCGAGUGGGCUUUGAUGUGGUCACAGUGAGAGGAGAGCGGGGCCACCUGUCCAGAGUCAGAGACGGCGCUGGCGCGUCUCAGGGCAGACGGGAGUACACGGUGGGGCAGUAUGUGGUCGACCUGCCUGCAUUUGAGAAUCUGGCUCUCCCCCUCUUUAGAAACGUGGGUUCAGCAGACGGGGGCAGCGGGAAGGUGUUUGUCAUUGAUGAGAUUGGUAAAAUGGAGCUGUUCAGCCAGUCAUUCAUCAGGGCAGUGAGGAAGACUUUAGAUGACGCCUCCUGCACAGUAUUAGGAACCAUCCCCGUCCCCAAGGGCAAGCCGCUGGGCCUGGUCGAAGAGGUGCGGGGCAGGACAGACGUCAAGGUCUUCACGGUAUCAAAGGAGAACAGAAAUGCUCUUCAACAGGACAUCCUAGCAGCACUACAGGAAUCUUUAAAGCUCCAAACCUAAAUAAAACUCUCAGUUUAUUGUAUUUUUUUUUUUCUGCUAACAGGUUUUCUAUGUGUCAGCACAUAUACGCUCUGUUGAGAGGAUGUACAUGCAGCUGCGGGGAAUCCCCAGGAGUUACUGUGUCACAUGCAUGUAUUUAUGUACACAAUUCAUUUAUUCUUCCUCAAUACACCCUCAGCAUGCUGAAUAAUUGAUUGUGAGAUGGAACACAGUGGGGGAAUUAUUCAGCUGGUGUUGUAAAAUACCUCCUUACUCUCCCCAGUCAAAAGUAUCCCUGGCCUCAGAAUGGCUCUUUCUGUUCAGCUGUACCUCAUAUAUACGCGCCCACAGGCGUCCCUCCUCUGUUGCUGCAUGUUAUCAAUUUGUUCUCCAGGAUAAGUGGUGCUUUUGUUUGAAAUGAAGAGACAACAGGGCCUCUUGAUUCAUUCACUCCUUCGCUCCGCGAGUCUCCCCCAUGUUUGUCUCACCAACCUGAGGCGGUGCUCAUUAAAAAUCAAUCAAUAUUUAACAGUGCAACUAUUCUUUCAUGGUUUAUUUAUUCCUUGGUAUUAAGCUAAAGAAGAAGAAGAAGGGAAAAACAAUGGAUUUUUUUUAAACUAAAUUACUUCAGCCUGGUGUUUUUCACCAACUUUUAAAGACAGACGUUUUUCCCGAUAAGCCCGGAUGCUGUUUUCACAUUUAUCUCUACAAAUAAACA